CGUACUGGCGAUUUUCCUAUUAUCUGAUAUUUAUGCAUAUCAUCUAUGACGUUGAUUUUGUAAGUUUUCCAUAGAAGAGGAAAGGAAAACUCCAAUAAACUAAUAUUAUGAUGAGAGGUUUGACUUUAUUAGGAACGUCAAAUUUAAUGUACCUCUCUGCUUCCUUGAACGGAAAGGAAGUUUCUUAGUUGGAAAACGCUGUCUCCAAUUCAUAGGUUCUCUACCUCUAUCCCUAUAUAUAUGUCAACACAAUAUUGUUUCCUAUCUAUCUUCGAUGGUCAUAUGAUCGUUAAUUAAUCUCCAUGGCCACGAGUAGAGUCUCCCACGCCUUAUGGUUUCUUCUGUGUAUCUCUCUUCUCCUGUUGGUCUCUGAAGGUUUCUUUGUUAGGCUCAGCUCCAUGUCCUCCACAAAGCCUUUUCCAUCUCCGGUUAUUAGCUCGCUGCGACCAGGAAGAAGAGCUUUUGUGGUAAGUAAGUUUGACUUCACACCGUUCAUGAAAGACCUUCGCCGAAAAGAUCAUCAAGAUGUUUCACAGCUGGGAGGAUCCGAGAUCGACCCAAGAUAUGGAGCUGAGAAACGGCUCGUCCCAUCUGGUCCAAACCCCUUGCACCACUGAUUGUCUUCUUAUAUAUAUUUUACUUAAAUUUUCUUUAUUAAUUUGUUUCUUUCGAAUUGAUAUAAACACUAAAAAGGAUAUACUGCACAUAAUUUAAUUCAUAAAAAGCUGCUAAUAUUUCUUUGGGGAGCAUAUGUAUUGAAUUAUUUAUUCUUCUUUGUCAUGUGAAGUAUUUGUUUUAACUUUCGUUGUAAAAGAUGAUAUUUAGUUUUUUUUUUCUCAACUUUUUAUUGCAUUUGUGAUUAGGUUGUACUAAUAAAACAUACUAUCAUUAUCAUAGUUUAGAUCAAAACGAGCAUGUACACGUUUUUAUAAAAUAAAUG